AUGGCGUCCUACGGCCAGGCGAUGCCGGUGGCCCGGCCAGGGCAGCAGGUAGCUCUUCCGGCAGGCGGCCAUCACGGGCACAGCCCCGCGCCACAGGGGACGUUCGUGCCCGGGACGAAGAUCCAGGUGGGCAGCCACCGGGUGGUGAUCCAGAAAUACCUGUCCGAAGGCGGGUUUGCCCACGUGUACCUGGUCAAGAUGCCGGCUCCUGUAGACGGGACGGAUCUGGCGGUGCUGAAGCGGGUGGCUGUGCCGGACAAGGACGCGCUGCGAGGGAUGCGCACGGAAGUCGAGACGAUGAAGCGGCUCAAGGGCCACCGGGCGAUUGUGACGUACAUCGACUCGCACGCGUCGGAGAUGCACGGCGGUGGCUACGAGGUUUUUCUGCUGAUGGAGUUCUGCGACGGCGGCGGGCUGAUGGACUUUAUGAACACGCGUCUGCAACAUCGGCUGACGGAGCCGGAGAUCCUCGGCAUCUUCUCGGACGUGGCCGAGGGUCUGUGCGACUUUGGCUCGGCGGCGCCGCCUCGACCGGCCCCGGCUUCCGUGGUCGAGUGCCGCCUCAUGGACGAGGACGUGCAGAAGCACACGACGCUGCAGUACCGCAGCCCCGAAAUGGUCGAUGUGUACCGCCGCCAGCCCAUCGACGAGAAGUCGGACAUCUGGGCCCUCGGCGUACUGCUCUAUAAGCUCUGCUACUACACCACGCCCUUCGAGGACCAGUCGUCGCAGCUGGCCAUCCUCAACGCCAGCUACCGCUUUCCGCCCCAUCCGGUCUUCUCGGAACGGCUCAAGAGCCUGAUCGCAUCGAUGUUGCUGGAAAACCAGCAGUCUCGGCCGAACAUUUACGAGGUGCUGCGGGAGUCGUGCGUGAUGCAGGGAAAGGACGUGCCGAUCAAAGACAUAUACUCUGGUCGGUCACAUUCCGAGACGAGGGCUGGCCAGAGCGCCAUUGCCGGCGCACAACCUGCCGCGACAGCUGUUGUGGGUGCCGUGUUUGCGCCGCCGACAAAGCAGCAGCAGAUCAUACCCGAGGUUGUGCCGAUGCGAAGAGGCCGGCCGACCGCUCCGGCGCAGUCAGGCCGAUCUUCGGCGCCCAGGCCGACGCCGUCGCCGAGACCGGUUACCAGCGGCGAUCCGUUUGCGGCACUGGACGCGAACACGUCAAAGUCGCUUCCGGCAGACGAGCUGUCGUCGCGAUUUCCCACUCUGGACCAGUUCGCCCUGUUUCACGACCAGGGCACGGAGUUCUCCUUUGACGAGACGGCCAUCUCGACGUCCAAGACAAUUCCGCAGGCAGCACUGUCCCAAGCCACGGCUGCCAUCGCAGCGGGCAAGCCGCCAGCCGCGGGCAUUAGCAGGACGCCGUCCAAUGAGCCGGCAGUCUACCAGCAGUACUCUCGAGGGAGCUCGUCCCCCGAGAGGACGGAAAUGCCGCCACUGGUCCCUAUUAAGCCCCGUGAGGUGAGCCGGGCUUCGGCGAUCAUCUCGAGCACGCCGGAGCUCCGGGCGAUCUCUGCGCAGAAAGAACAGAUGCAGACACAGCAGGAAGAACAGAAUCAGGCACCAACCCGACCGGAGAUGCACCGGGCAUCGAGCGUGCCGAGGAAGAACCGUCCGGACGAAGGCGGCAGUCGGGUCUCGCCGCCGCUUAAGGCACAGCUGCAGGCACAGGCAGGCGACGGCUAUCACACGUCGUCGUGCCGGCCGUCGCUCGAAGGCGGCCGUCCCGGACUGGAAUCGUUGGAGCCGACGGUGAUCUCGACGCAGCCGAGGUCUAUUCGCCCACGACCGGUUAGUGCCUACCUUGAAUCGAACUUGGACUAUCUGCGCGAGAUGGAGGGCAGCAGCAGCAACAACAACAACAACGCAGGGAUCGGUGGGCGGCCGCUGCUGUCGCCGGGCUUCCCGCCUUCCAAGGCUGGCGAUUUCAAACCGCCGUCGUCGCCCAGACUAGCUCCGGGCAGUGGUGCCGGAAGAGAUGAGGCGGUCCUUGAGUCGACCGUGGACUAUCUCCGGGCCAUGGAGGACGACAACAAGUGGGACAAGAACCACCACCACGGCAAGCACGGUAACAAGCGUGCCAGCAUGACGGCGCUGUCGGGGACAAAGAGCAUGCUGGCGGGGAAGUUUGGAGACGCGUUCAAGCGCUUUGAGACGAGCACGAGCAGCAGCAGUAACGCGGCCCCGGCGCGGACACCAUCCCCGCUGAAGCAGAUCGAUCGGCAGGACGGCGUUGGUGUCAGCGGUGGCAGUGGCUACGAUGCAUACAACGAAAGCGAGAAGACGCCCGAGGACAGCGACGACAUGAGCCCAGAAAUGCGGCGCGAGAUGGAGCGUCGACGGCUGUCGCUGGAAGAGAAGCGCGUGGCAGCAGCGGGAGCGGAAUAUCGCCAGCGACUGGCCUCGCGGGGUUCUGGACCUGGAGCAGCAGUAGAAGGCGAAGACCGAACGCUGCCAGCACCACCCAAGAGCAUCGGUGGGGUGUCGCGGGCGGUCUCGAUCCAGAACCGGGUGCAGAGCCUGCUGAUCGAAUCACAGACGGCAGCGCAGCCAACGCGAACAGCGCAAGGCUACGGGCACUUCACGGACGAAGUGGUGGGCGAUACAGGAGGAGGGGGAGCGUCAUCGGGCGAGCGGCCGGAGAUGCGGAGGAAGCCGUUGGUGCGCGCCAGCACGACAUCAUCGACAGGCGCGACGACGAUGGAAGCUCCGCGCACACACGUUACGGGCAGCAAGCCGGCAGCCAAGCCGAAGCCGCAGCAUCUGAACAAGGUGCUGCCUCUGAUGAGUGGUAAUAACAACAGCAGCAGGGUCAGCACACUGGACAGCACGGCGAGCGGGCGGUCGUCGAUGGACAUGGCUCGGCCAGGCUCACCGACAACGAUUACAGCCUCCAAGCGGCCCAUCAAUGUCGGGCUGUCAUCGUCGUCGUCAUCAUCGGCAGCGACAACAAUGCCGUCGCAGCUGAUGGCCAUGGAUCUUCCCGGACAGCCGGUGCUGGAGGGCAUGUCGCUCCAGGACCGGGACGACUACAUACAGGACUUUCAGCGACGGUUUCCGAGCCUGACGGCCAUCGAGAUGGUUGAGCGGGAUCUCGCGGCUGAAGAGCAGAGUCGUGGACGGUAG